GAGCCUCUGAACUUCAAACACAAAAAGUAGCAGCAAUCAGAAUAAGCAAAUGGCUCACUCAGCUUCAUUCUCGCCACCAACGGCGCACGUUAGCAGCUCCGCCUUCUCUCGAAGCUCACAAACUAUUUCUCCUUCGAGCUUGAAAAUUCUUAAACUCCCUCGUUUCUUGCCAUGGCAAAAGGUGAAAAUAGGCCCGUUGAGUGCGUCCCCAAUGGGGUUCGGUACCUGGGCUUGGGGUAAUCAGCUGUUGUGGGGUUAUCAAGAAUCCAUGGACAGUGAGCUUCAGCAGAUUUUCAAUCUUGCAGUUGAGAAUGGAAUUAAUCUCUUUGAUACAGCCGAUUCGUACGGCACCGGAAAACUGAACGGGCAAAGUGAGAAGCUCCUUGGGAAAUUUAUCCGCGAGUUUGAAGGAAAUAAGCAGGCCAGGGAUAAAAUCAUAAUUGCUACAAAAUUCGCUGCAUACCCGUGGCGCCUAACUCCUAAUCAAUUCGUGGAUGCUUGCAAAUCAUCGCUACAUAGACUUCAGCUCGAGCAAAUUGGAAUUGGACAACUGCACUGGUCAACCGCGAAUUAUGCACCUCUGCAAGAACGAGCCCUUUGGGAUGGUUUAGUGGCAAUGCAUGACAAGGGAUUAGUACGAGCAGUUGGUGUAAGCAAUUACGGACCAAAACAGCUGCUAAAAGUGCACGACUACCUUAAGGCCCGAGGAGUCCCACUCAGCUCGGCUCAGGUGCAAUUUUCGCUUUUGAGCUUUGGAAAUGAUCAGAUAGAGAUCAAGAGUAUAUGUGACUCUCUGGGUAUUCGUGUCAUUGCAUACAGCCCUUUGGGACUCGGCAUGCUUACCGGAAAAUAUACUCCUACCAAUCUUCCUAGUGGACCUCGGGGCCUUCUAUUUCGACAAAUUUUACCAGGGCUCGAGCCUCUGCUCAAUUGUCUAAGAGAAAUCUCACAAAAAAGACAAAAGACCAUAUCUCAGGUGGCUAUAAACUGGUGCAUUGGAAAAGGUACAGUUCCAAUUCCUGGAGUCAAGUCGAUAAAGCAAGCCGAGCAGAACUUGGGUGCCCUUGGCUGGCAAUUAAGUUUGGAUGAGUUGAUGCAGUUGGAAUAUGCUGCUCUUGAGUCUCCACGCAAAAUGAUGAAAACCCUCGACAAGAAGCUCACUGGAGCCUAGCAAGCACACGUCGAAUUCUUGCCUGAUUUAACGAACAUGAUUCUUGUCCAGCCUGUCAAUAUUAAUCGCGUACCCAGAAAAAAAAAAAGCCAACAGAUUUACGACAUGAGAAACCGAAUCCGAGACGAAUGUUUCCACUCAAGAUACUCAAUGCUUAUAUAUAUAUAUGAUUUCCAAUACUACUGAUCAUAAUUCAUACUUUAUACUCAGUAAUUAAUGGUUAAGAACAAGACAGCCACAUGUAUUAGUAGACAGCAAAUUCAAUCCUACUUGCCCCCACAUAGAGUUUUAAACUCUCGAAUUACACACAUUAACUCACAUACCCAUGCAGAUGUGUUGAUCCAACGGUUAAAACUCCCACCUUUAUUUUUAUCAUGUAUAGUGCAUCACACACACACACACACACACACACA